AUGGCGGUUUUGGGAAAUGGGUGGAGCUUCAUGAUAGUCAGGUUAGGACUCAUAGUUGCUGCUUCACUUGCAGCCUUUACAGUUAAGCAGCUGAAUGUCAGAAGCUCAAAACCAGAACAUAAAGAUGAGAGCACAGAAGACGAGCAUGUCAGAAGACUUACUGAUGCACACCAUGAUAAAGAAAGGGAGGAGGAAGAGGAGAAAGAGGAGGUUAAGUUAAUUAGCAGCAUAAUAAAUCGAGCAAAUGACUUCGAAGAUGAUAUUCUACCAGAAUUUGAAGAUCUUCUGUCUGGGGAGAUUGAGUUUCCAUUACCACCUGAUAAGGAUGAGAAAGACAGAGUUUAUGAAAUUGAGAUGGCAAACAAUGAAAGUGAACUAGAAAGAUUGCGACAGCUAGUGAAGGAAUUGGAGGAGAGGGAAGUCAAACUUGAAGGAGAAUUGCUCGAGUACUAUGGUUUGAAGGAGCAGGAAUCAGACAUUGUGGAGUUGCAAAGGCAACUGAAAAUAAAGACUGUAGAAGUAGACAUGCUUAAUAUUACAAUCAAUUCCUUGCAGGCAGAAAGGAAGAAGCUUCAAGAAGAACUCAAACAAGGAGCUUCUGCCAAGAGAGAACUUGAGGUGGCUAGAAACAAGAUCAAGGAGCUUCAAAGGCAGAUACAGCUUGAAGCUAACCAAACAAAAGGCCAGUUGUUGUUGCUUAAACAGCAAGUUUUGGGCCUACAGGUUAAAGAAGAGGAGGCCGCCAGAAAAGAUGCUGAAGUUGAAAAGAAACUGAAAGCUGUGAAUGACUUAGAGGUUGCAGUAGUGGAGCUUAAGAGAAGAAACAGAGAACUUCAACACGAGAAACGAGAGUUAACGGUUAAACUCAAUGCUGCUGAAUCUAAAGCAGCUGAGCUCUCCAACAUGACAGAGACUGAAAUGAUUGCCAAGGCAAAAGAGGAGGUCAGUAACUUGAGGCAUGCAAAUGAAGACCUACUAAAGCAAGUGGAAGGGCUGCAGAUGAAUAGGUUCAGUGAAGUUGAAGAGCUUGUGUACCUUCGUUGGGUUAAUGCAUGCUUGAGAUAUGAGCUAAGGAAUUACCAGACACCCCAAGGAAAAUUAUCAGCCCGUGACCUCAGCAAGAAUCUUAGCCCGAAAUCGCAAGAGAAAGCUAAGCAACUGAUGUUAGAAUAUGCUGGAUCAGAACGUGGACAAGGGGACACAGAUCUUGAAAGCAACUUCUCUCAUCCAUCUUCACCAGGAAGUGAAGACUUUGACAACGCUUCCAUUGAUAGCUCUACUAGCAAAUAUAGUAGUCUUAGCAAGAAAACUAGCCUAAUCCAAAAGUUUAAGAGAUGGGGUAAAAGCAAAGAUGAUUCUAGUACUCUUUCAUCACCAGCGGGAUCCUUUUCAGGAGGUUCUCCAAGGAGGAUGAGUAUGAGUGUUAAACCAAGGGGUCCACUAGAAUCCUUAAUGCUAAGGAAUGCCGGUGAUAGUGUAUCCAUCACCAGCUUUGGGCUGAGGGAUCAAGAAACUAUUGAGUCUCCGGAAACUCCAACUGACAUGAGAAGAGUUACAUCCAGUGAUUCCUUAAAUUCUGUUUCUGCUUCAUUCCAAUUAAUGUCUAAGUCAGUUGAUGGAUCGAUGGAUGAGAAGUACCCUGCGUAUAAAGAUCGCCACAAGUUGGCCUUGGCAAGGGAAAAACAAAUUAAAGAAAAAGCAGAGAAAGCAAGAGUGCUGAAGUUUGGUGACAAUUCAGGUUUGAACAUGACUAAGGCUGAACGAGGGAGUCCUAUAUCAUUGCCACCAAAGCUUUCUCAAAUAAAGGAGAAACCAGUUGCACCUGGCACUGCAAAUGAUCAAUCUGAAGAUGGAAAGGAUGUUGAUAAUCAAACCAUUAGCAAGAUGAAGCUUGCUCACAUUGAGAAAAGGCCAACUAGGGUGCCUAGGCCUCCUCCUAAACCAUUAGGUGGUGCUGCUAUUACCACAAAUGCAAAUCCUUCUAAUGGAGUACCAUCUGCUCCUCCAAUUCCUCCUCCUCCUCCAGGCGCUCCAAGGCCACCCCCUCCACCGGGUGGACCACCUCCCCCACCUCCUCCCCCAGGAAGCCUAUCAAGAGGGGGAAUGGAUGGUGACAAAGUUCACCGUGCUCCACAGCUAGUUGAAUUUUAUCAAUCAUUGAUGAAAAGGGAGGCAAAGAAAGAUACUUCAACACUUCUAGUUUCUUCAACUAGUAAUGCAGCUGAUGCCAGGAGCAACAUGAUUGGGGAAAUUGAGAAUAGAUCAUCAUUCCUCCUAGCUGUGAAAGCUGACGUAGAAACACAAGGUGAUUUUGUCAUGUCCUUGGCAGCUGAAGUUCGAGCAGCCUCCUUCUCCGAUAUUAAUGAUUUGGUGGGCUUUGUGAACUGGCUAGAUGAGGAACUGUCCUUCCUGGUUGAUGAACGAGCCGUUCUCAAGCACUUUGACUGGCCUGAAGGGAAAGCAGAUGCAUUAAGGGAGGCAGCUUUUGAAUAUCAGGAUUUGAUGAAGUUGGAGAACCGAGUUUCCACCUUCAUUGAUGAUCCCAAUCUCCCAUAUGAAGCUGCUCUGAAGAAAAUGUAUUCAUUGCUUGAAAAAGUGGAGCAAAGCGUAUAUGCACUCUUGCGGACGAGAGAUAUGGCUAUUUCACGGUACAAGGAAUUCGGAAUCCCAGUAAAUUGGCUAUUGGAUUCAGGAGUUGUGGGCAAGAUCAAGCUUUCUUCUGUACAACUAGCAAAAAAGUAUAUGAAACGAGUAGCAUCUGAACUUGAUGCAUUAUCUGGUCCAGAAAAAGAACCAGCAAGAGAGUUUUUGAUUCUGCAAGGCGUGCGUUUCGCUUUCCGUGUCCAUCAGUUUGCAGGGGGCUUUGAUGCAGAGAGCAUGAAGGCUUUUGAAGAUCUAAGGAGCCGCAUUCAAACCUCUCAGGCUGGUGAAGAUAACAAAUCAGAAACAUAG